AUGGUUCUCGCCAUGCUGGGGGCUCUGUAUCCCAGGGCUGGGCUGAGCCUCUUCCUCCUCUACCUCGUCCUGGCUGCUGCCCUCCUCCGCCCCCAGCCGCUGAGGCCUCAGCUAUCUGUCCCUGAAGAACUUUCAGCCCCUCUGGAACUCUCGCAGCCACUUUCGGGCCUAGUGGAUGACUAUGGGGUUCGACCCAAGCACCCCUGGCCGCGAGGGCCUCGACCCCUUCUCUCCCGGGCCCAGCAGCGCAAGCGGGACGGGCCGGACAUGGCUGAGUAUUACUACGACGCACCCCUGUGA